AAGUGGGGGUAUUAUAAUGGAAAUCACAAUAACUUUACGUUGCAAGUCGAGUUAGCCGCCAGUAGUCAAUGGUGAUUAUUCUAAAAAAAAUGUAUUCUUCCACUAGGACAUAAAUUUGCAGUGUGUGGGGUUCACGGGUAGGCCUAGUGCCAUAUAAUCUUUUUGACCCUACAACUCUCAAUAUAAUAUUGUCCCCUAUGAACUUUAAUACAAUCUAUAAAUAAACUAUCAUACUCUAUCACUCCAAUCUAUCUCAAAAGCAUUUGCUUUUUUUCCUCGCAUUUUUUCUAGAGAAAGAAACAACGUUUAACUAGACUGAAAGAGAGUUCAGGUAGCCAUGAGUAACCAAUUCUGGUUCCGUCUCACUAUCAUUCUCAUCUCCAUCUCCGUUUCUUCUAUUUCAGGCUCUGAACUAAAUUGUGUAUACUCAGUUUACGUUCAGACUGGGCAAUUUUUUGGGGCUGGAACUGACUCAAAAAUUACUUUGAGUCUUUACGAUGCCGAUGGAUAUGGACUUAGAAUCAAGAGCCUAGAGGCGUGGGGUGGGCUUAUGGGCAGUGGUUACGACUACUUUGAAUUUGGAAAAUUGGAUUUGUUUACCGGUCGUGGUCCAUGUUUGAAUGGGCCGGUUUGCAAAAUGAACUUGACUUCUGAUGGUACAGGCCAACAUGCUGGAUGGUACUGUAAUUACGUAGAAGUUACCUCCACAGGAGAACACAAACGAUGCAACCAGCAGUUGUUCACAGUGGAGAAAUGGCUGGGUGCUGGUGAAUUUCCAGAUGGGCUGACGGCCAUUAAGAACAACUGUGGGCGUAAGCCCAAUGAGCAACUGUCCACUUACGAUCCUCAGUCCUAUCAUGUUGUUGAUGUACUUUAGUUUGAGUUUAUUAUGCUUUACUGGGAAGCGCUCAGAAUUUCUUCCCCUCCUUUUUUCUUUUUCUUUUUGGGACAGAAUUCCUCUCUUUCUAGCUGUCUGUUUUUUCUCUUUUUCAAUUUUACUACAUCAUAUUUUGAAACAUUCA